AUGGCGGCUCAAAACUCUUGGCCUAUCUUCCAGCUGGAUGUGAAGUCUGCGUUUUUACAUGGCUAUGUUCAGCCAGGAAAGGAAAAACAAGUUUACAGGCUUAAAAAAGCUUUAUAUAGGCUGAAGCAAGCUCCUAGAGCAUGGUACAGCCGCAUAGAGGCAUAUUUUGCAAGAGAAGGUUUUCAAAAAUGUCCAUAUGAGCAUACACUCUUUACAAAAUCUGGAGAGGAAGGGAAAAUACUCAUCGUGUGCUUGUAUGUGGACGAUCUGAUCUAUACAAGUAAUGAUGUGGCCAUGUUUAAUGAUUUUAAGAAAUCCAUGAUGCAUGAGUUUGAUAUGUCUGAUCUUGGAUUGAUGCACUAUUUUCUUGGUAUAGAAGUAGUACAAUAUAGUGCCGGAAUAUUUAUUUCACAGAAGAAAUAUGUUCAAGAGAUCUUAGACAGGUUUGAGAUGAAGGAUUGCAAUUCAGUUUGUACGCCAACUGAAAUUGGCUUGAAACUAGUGAAGAAUUCUGGGGAGAAGAAGGUUGAUCAAACUCUCUACAAACAUAUUAUAGGAAGUCUGAUGUAUCUGACAGCAACUAGACCAGACAUACAACACGGAGUGAGUCUCAUUAGUAGAUAUAUGGAGUGUCUGGAAGUGCCUCAUUUGGAGGCAGCAAAAAGAAUUUUUCGUUACCUAAAGGGCACAAUCGAUUUUGGAAUAUUAUACAAGAAAGGAGCUAAAUCAGGUUUGUUUGGCUUCACUGAUAGUGACUGUGCAGGAGGCCCAGAUGAUAGGAGAAGCACCUCAGUAGCAGCCUGCGACUGUCAAGCUAUUUGGUUGAGGAGGAUACUUGAAGAAUUACGUGGUUUGCAAGAAGGUCCAACUCCUGUCUAUUGUGAUAGCAAUUCAGCAAUCAAGUUGUCCAAGAAUCCAGUCUUACAUGGCAGAAGCAAACACAUUGAUGUUCGCUACCAUUUCCUGCGCGACCUCACAAAUGAUGAAACAAUUGAUUUAAUCUACUGCAUAAGUGAAGAUCGGGUGGCUGAUAUUCUAACCAAGCCUCUCAAAUUACCAGCAUUCUCAAAGCUAAGGAAUUGUUAG